AGGACCCCUCGCAGAGGCGCCAUUUUAGAGUUCCUGAGGCGGCCCGCAUCUUUCCCUGUAGCCGAGUUCGUAGCUGCCUCAGCCUCCUCCUCCUCCUCUUUCGCCCUUCUCUCGGCUCGCCCGCGGCGAUGAGCGUGGUAGAUCAUGUGCGGGAGAUGGCGGCCGCCGGGCUCCACUCCAACGUGCGGCUCCUCAGUGGGCUUCUGCUCACCAUGAGCGGCAACAACCCUGAGUUAUUUUCUCCAUCGCAGAAGUAUCAGCUCCUUGUAUAUCACGCAGAUUCUCUCUUCCAUGACAAGGAAUAUAGAAAUGCUGUCAGCAAGUAUACAAUGGCUUUGCAGCAGAAGAAAGCACUGAGUAAAACUUCAAAAGUGAGACCCUCAACUGGAAAUGCUGCAUCUGCUCCUCAGAGCCAGUGCCUGCCUUCUGAAAUUGAAGUGAAGUACAAAAUGGCGGAAUGCUAUACAAUGCUGAAGCAAGACAAAGAUGCUAUUGCUAUACUUGAUGGAAUCCCUUCAAGACAGAGAACCCCAAAGAUUAACAUGAUGCUGGCAAAUUUGUACAAGAAGGCAGGUCAGGAACGCUCUUCUGUGACAAGUUACAAAGAAGUGCUGAGGCAGUGCCCACUAGCCCUUGAUGCCAUCCUAGGCUUGCUGUCGCUCUCAGUGAAAGGUGCAGAAGUCGCUUCCAUGACAAUGAAUGUGAUCCAGAGUGUCCCAAACCUGGACUGGCUCUCAGUAUGGAUCAAGGCAUAUGCAUUUGUGCACACAGGUGAUAAUACCAGAGCAAUCAACACCAUCUGCUCGCUGGAGAAAAAGUCACUACUGAGGGACAAUGUGGAUAUACUAGGGAGCCUAGCUGAUCUUUAUUUCAGAGCGGGUGACAAUAAGAAUGCAAUUCUAAAAUUUGAGCAGGCGCAAAUGUUGGAUCCUUAUUUGAUAAAAGGGAUGGAUGUCUAUGGCUACUUGUUAGCCCGCGAGGGUCGCCUGGAGGAUGUGGAGAAUCUUGGCUGCCGGCUCUUCAAUAUUUCUGACCAGCAUGCUGAGCCGUGGGUGGUAUCGGGGUGUCAUAGCUUCUACAGCAAGCGCUAUUCCCGUGCCCUGUAUUUAGGAGCCAAAGCCAUUCAGCUUAAUAGCAAUAGUGUGCAGGCUUUGCUGCUGAAAGGCGCUGCUCUUCGGAACAUGGGGAGAGUGCAAGAGGCAAUCAUCCACUUCCGUGAAGCGAUACGGCUUGCCCCUUGCAGGCUGGACUGCUACGAAGGCCUCAUUGAAUGCUACUUAGCAUCCAAUGGUCUUCGUGAAGCCACAGUCAUGGCUAACAAUGUCUACAAAACCCUGGGAGCCAACGCACAGACACUUACCCUCCUGGCAACUGUUUGUCUGGAAGAUCCUGUUGCACAGGAGAAAGCAAAGACAUUGCUGGACAAAGCACUGACACAGCGCCCUGAUUACAUCAAAGCGGUGGUAAAGAAGGCAGAACUUCUCAGCCGAGAACAGAAAUAUGAAGACGGAAUAGCUUUGUUGAGGAAUGCCCUUGCCAACCAGAGUGAUUGCAUUCUCCAUCGAAUGUUAGGGGACUUCCUUGUGGCUGUCAAUGAGUAUCAGGAAGCCAUGGACCAGUACAGUAUUGCUCUAAGUUUGGAUCCCAAUGAUCAAAAGUCACUGGAGGGAAUGCAGAAAAUGGAAAAAGAGGAAAGUCCAACGGAUGCCACCCAGGAGGAAGAUGUGGAUGACAUGGAAGGGAGUGGAGAGGAAGGGGACCUAGAAGGCAGUGACAGUGAGGCAGCCCAGUGGGCGGAUCAAGAACAGUGGUUUGGUAUGCAGUGAAAUCGCCUUCCUGGGACCAUAGCCCUUGAUGAUUGACGCCCAAUAAGACAUUCUUCUCCCUGGAAUGAAGAAUUGUGUGCUGCUGCAAGAACUGGACUGAGGCAAGAUCCAAGCAGCCCCUUCUGUCCCUUUUUUGUUUCUGUGUUAUGCUCUCAGUGCUCCUUAUUUCAUGGUGAAGUCUGAGCAACUUGAGUGCUGGAGAGGCAUUCGUGCCAAGCAGCAAUUUUGAGUUCUUAUUUCUAAAAUUAGAAGCUUUCAAAUGAUAUAAAGCAUUUCUCAAACAUUUGUUAAUGACUAAAACGAUGUCAGAAUCAUGUUGUAAACUAAUUAUGCUUGAUCCCCAGUGGUGCAUAAAUGUAGGCUGCUUUUAUAUCCUUUCACAAAAGAGGCUUUAUUCGCAAAGCCUGUACAGUGUCUUUAGAUACACAAACUCCUCCAGAAAGCUGCUGGAGUCUCACACACGGGCAGUAAAUUUCUUUCCAGCCUCCCCAGUGUUUUUUGUGGAGGCUAUUUAGCAUGCACACUCUAAAAUAGAAGCAUGCUGCUUCAUGCUCCUAACUGAUGAGCAAUUCUAUAGCUGAUGAAUCUAUAUACACAAGAAAUUGUGGCCUGUGAAAUAGUUGGUUAUUUUCACAUUCUGUGCUAACGUGCCACCCCUUUUAAGCCUCUGUAAGGAUAUUAGAGAAAGUGAAAUGGAGCAGCGUUGAGGAAAUUACAGCCAGUGAAAGGUUCUUAAGGUUACUUCUUACUGGGUAAUACCAAUUAGCAAUAUCUAAACCACAUAAUCCUUUCCUGCAUACAUGACUAUUAAAAGCAGCCUUGCUAACAUACUGUGCUUCUGAAUUUGAUUUGGCUGCAUUAAAUAACUUCCUCAAAGCACAGUCCAGCAGCAGCUUCUAUUGGGUGCCCCAUCUGCACAAGACCACAGUGCUGUGUUCUCUGUUAAGUAAUUUUUUAAAAUGAUGUGGCCUUCCCUUUCACAAGGGUGGCUAGCCUGCAGCCCUCCAGAUGUUGCACUCUCAACUCCUAUCUGUAAUUGACUCCAUUAGCUUGAAGCAGAUGAAAGAGCCAUAGUUCCCCACCCUCCUCUUUUGAAUCACAGAAGAAUUUAAAAGGCCCAAUGUAGCUAGAUGUGUCUUGAUCAUCUGCUGAAAACUCUACUAAUACUACCAAAGAUCAGGAUGGAACAGUAAGUUGCCUUCAAGGAAACAUGAAGGUAAUGAAUUAGUGGCUGUUGAUACUGUUAUAUGGUUCUUGUGAAUGGAGACAACAUUACCUGUACAGAAACAUUCUUAAACUCAGGAUGACAGAGGCGCAGUGAUACAAAGAGAUACUUGAGUUCAGAUAAGGGGAUAGUGCUGGUACAAUGGAAUUGUAUUGUUUUCUCUUUAAACAGAAGAAGCACCACUCUCCCCCCUUUCCACAAACUGUUUUGGAAAUUGGAGGACAAUGUCUAAAAUCACCCUUUGGUUCACACAGUUGGUUCAUGAGUCCAGGCCCAGUAGAUAAAUGAAAGGGAACAAUGGCUUGUCAAAAUCAAUUUGUGGCUAAGAUGAGAUUUGAAUUAGGGCCUUUCCCUGUUUGUGAUGCCACUCCAGCUCUUGUAAUCACCCACCACCAGUAAAACCAGGCACACAAUUUGCUAGACAAGCUGCUGAUUUUCAAUGUUUGGACAUUCUUAUUUUCUGGGGGGGGGGGAACUAUCUUAAUUGGAACAUGUAAAUUAGUUCUCCAUUGUUAUUUAUGUAGUACCAUUACAUUACAGUGGUUCAUAAAACUCAUAAACAAGGAAGAAGAGUACCCUAUUCCCUGGCCUGUGAUUUUAAAAAUGGUUUCACUUAUGAACUACUUCCAAUGAGGCAUCGCACAGUAAAACAAAAAACAUACUUUAAAACAGUUGCACAUGUAAAAACUGUUCUUUAAAAUUAACUGUAUAUAAUAUGAAAUGAAAACAGUUUAAAACAAGAAUAGCACAUAAUUCAAAUCAAUUCGGAUCCAAUGCUGAUGAAGAGCUCCAGCUAGACAUUUUGCUGGUUGAAAUUUUGCUAGUGGUGUAAUGAAUAUACAUGCAAAUGCAGUAAGUUCUGUGCCACCCUUUACACAUCUCAUAAUGUCAAUCUUUAUAAAAGGGAAAGGAGAAUGAGGAAGACAGCCUUUUGGAAGGAGACAUUUAAGAAAAAUGGUGCAUAAAAGGGACUGCUGAGAGGUCCUGGGGAGAGUGGAAUUCAGCUAGUGGGACUGCUGCUAGUGAAGAAUGACCAGGGUAGGGUUCCUGCUCCCAUCAUAGUCGUGUAGAAGAGGGAAUAUGCACUUCCUGCCUUGUACUCUGGCCUCUUUCAUCUCACCUGCAGGAGACCAUGCCUGUGGCCUGACUAGGUGACACCAGAUGAUUGUCAGGCAGACUAAGCCCACUCACAUGAAAGAAGGCCUUCCAGUACUGAUCUUUAAGUGCCUUGACAGCCAGCCUAGGAACCACACUGCAAAGUCAUAGGUCGGUGUCAGGCCGCCUAAGCUGCUGUCUGUGCAACUUGAGUUCCCACUGCCGGUGUUUGAAGCGGAGUACACAAGGCAUUAGCCACAAUUCAUCUGUAUCCCAUGGUUUCGUGAGAACUGCUGCUGAUGUGUUUUCCUUCAAACCAGCCUCCCUCUGGUCUGAAAACACAAGCUGUAGUUAAGCUGGCGUGUGCAUUUUAUACAACCACUGCACAGUGCAAUGGUAGUGUGGCAUAGUGGUUAGAGUGUCAGGCUAGGACCUGGAGCCCAGGCUUUGAAUCCUCACUCAAACUCACUUGAGUGACCUUGGGCCAGAUGCUGCCUCUCAGCCUAACCUACCUCACAGGGUAGUGGUUGUGGGUGAGAACUACGUAAGCAACAUUGAGCUCCUUAGAGAAAAUGGUGGGAUAUAAAUGCAAUAAAUAAAUACAUUUAAUUGGCGUUCAGGGCUAGAGGUUGCUGGCAUGGAAAAACACAGCACAGGUCAUGUGCACCACCCCUGACUUCCUCUCAGGUGCACAACACUGCUAAAAAGAGACCUGAAAUGCUGCUGGAGGGGCAAUGGUUAAUGUGUCUUGCGCCUGCUCUUAGAACAAAUGAUAUUAAUUGAAUUGCAGGCAGCUGGGCUUUCUCCAUGGAGCUGGGUUUGGAUCUUUGAUUUCUGCAAGCCUUUUAGAACUAACAGGUGAGGCUAAAAGGCUAAAAGAAGUCUCCCUUGUGGCUAAUAUUCCUGAAAAACAAUACAAUACUGGUGUGUGGUUUGCACCGUUGAUAAUGUCUCUAGACUAGCUGCCUCCAGAGCUGCUAAUGAUGGAUUUAAUAGCUUUUUAAUGCUCUACACGGAAGGAGCAUUGGAAAUUUCACUGCAGCUGGUGACGGAUGUUUAUAUCAUGAAAUCCAUCAUUAAAAUUACUGCCAGCCUUCCCCGCUCCCUCCAGCAUAGCAGCAGAAAGGGCCUUAAUGGACUUGCAAAGGCACUUUCCCUUGUUGCAGAAUCAGUGGCUUUCUAAAUCUUUCCUUAAGGCUCCAAGGUGGACAUCUGCCCCAGGACUGUAUGAGCACUGCCACGUCAAAAGAAGCAACAGCUUCCCAAAACCAAAGCCAGAUAGCUGAUAAAAAAACCAAAAUCAAACACCUACUGAUGACAAAUGUAUAUAUUCCCUCAGCAAGGAAUUGUGAAUCCUUGGGUGUGUUUAUUGGAACCUUAAAGAUAAACCCCCUUAUAUAAGAUAGGGGCGGAAAACCUGUCUAGGACCAAAUGCUCCCCUACAAGUUCUCUCCCAAGGCCCACACCUUCUCUCUUGGGGCCCCGCUGCUAACCUUCACCGGGUGCCUUUGCCUGUAAUGUUAUUGUCCUGUUUUCAUUUUAUUGCUUGAGCUCAGAGAAGCAGCGGGUAGAAUGAUGGGACUUAAUUUCAACAGAUUUUGGUGUCGCACAGGGUGCCACUGGAGUUGGAGAUGACAAGCUGGAACGUGUCCAGAAGAGGGCAAC